AUGAAGUUCAUCACCGUCCUCCUGAUCAUGGCCUCCACAGCCGCAGCCCUCCCCAGCAUGAAGGCUGCUGUGAUUCCACUGCAAUCCGACAACGAGAUCACCGACGAGUUCCUCUUCAACAUCACGCUGCCCGAGUUUGAGACGCGUCGCGGCACCCCCGACACGCUCAACUGGGAGACGGACGGCUGCACCUCGUCCCCGGACAAUCCGUUUGGCUUCCCAUUCCUCCCUGCCUGCUGGCGCCACGACUUUGGCUAUGGCAACUACCGCAACCAGUCGCGCUUCACAACCAAGGCCAGGUUGAAGAUUGACAAAAAGUUCAAGAAAGAUCUCUACUACCAGUGCAAGGACUCCUCCGCCAGGUUGGUCUGCAAGAGCCUCGCAGCGGUCUAUUUCACUGCUGUCCGCGCCUUUGGCGGCAUCGAGACUGGUCCUGGCAAGCGCGAUGUCGACUGGGUCGCCAUCUACGAGGAGAAGGUCGCAAUUUACGAGGCUCUGGUGCGCGACGCUCAGCAGGAGGGUCUACUGCCAAUGCUGUGA